AUGGAGCCGCCCCAGGAGACAAGUCUAUCUGCCCACACCACCGAGAACCGCGGCUGGCCGGUCCGCUCCCUGUACACCGCACCUGUGCUUGAGAGAAAACCCAGUGGCAACCCAGACACCAUGCACUUAAAGGGGUCCAAAGUUUCUGUUGUCCGUCACCCCCGGGGCUCUGGCAAGACACAGAAGGACAAAGACCAAGAGGAACCCUCAUGGAACCCGCUGCUGAGCAUGCUGAAAAAAACUCGUAAAGGGUCUGAGGAAGAAGUGGAAGUAGCACAUGAGUUACCAGCUUUGGUGCCAUUUGGAGAUGUGGUUGGCUGCCUGGCUAUUCAUAUAAAGAACUGCAGACAUUUUACGCCUCUAUUCAAUUUACAGUAUUACAAUGAAUUAUUCAUUCGCAUUUCAAUAAAUAAAAUUGUGAAAAAUACAAAAUUCUACAGCCUACCAUCCAAAAUCAAGGAAAAGAACGCUGUAAUUAAGUUUAAUGAAGUAAAGUAUUUUUCUAUACAGAUUCCCAGACGUCACGAUGAUGAGCGGAAUAAUAUUUACGUGGAACUAAUGCAUUAUGACAGUACAUAUAAAUCACCUGUCCCAUUAGGGAGUGUUCAGAUACAUCUUUAUGAAGUAAUUCAAAAAGGGUGCUUUACUGAAGAAUUUCACAUAUUGAAUAAAAAUGCAUAUAUUUGCAGGUUGGAGAUGGAGUUUACAUUCUCCUAUGGAAACUUUGGUUAUGGAUUUUCACAUCAGUUAAAACCUCUUCAGAAAAUUAUUGAGCCAUCCAUGUUUAUGAGUACAGCACCACCUCCAGAAAGAACAGAUCCCACGGCAAAUGUUAUUAUGCCACAGUCUAUAGAGUAUCCAGCAUUCUUAUCUCCAGACCUGCAUGUUACCUUUGGGACACCAACUGUGCAGUCCCCUGACCCACCAGCUGCAGUAAAACUCGAAAAACUUCAACAACCACCUCGGGAAAGACUGGAGAAAAUGAAAAAAGAAUAUAGAAAUCUGAAUACAUGGAUGGAAAAAGUUGGAUAUUUAGAAAACCUUAUUAACCCCAAAUUAGGACAUAAAAAUAUUGAGAAAACUAAUGAAAAUGAGGUACCUGAAAGCACAAAUAAUGAUAACUCUAAAGAGAAGCUUAAAAAUAUUGAUAUAUUAGAGCCUCCUCUUAUAAAGGUAGAAGCUGAACCUACUCCACCUCAGUUAUUGGAUAAUGAUGAUAGGAAAAGCCUGACCAUACCAUCUUUGAAACUAUCAAACCAAGAAAAUUCAGCUGAUAUUGCUACUAAAAGUGAGGAAUCAACGCCUUCACCCGCAGAUUCUCUACUGUCCCUUAGUUCUAGCCUGGAAAUCAUAGAAAAUAACGAUAUACCACCUUUCUUUCAACACCCAUCAGAGGUCAUGGAGAGAAAAGAGAAAAAUUUAUUAUAUCUACCGGAAGUAAAACUGAAAGACAACUAUCUAAGCGUUUCUAAAACAGAAUCAUCUCCACCUGAGGUGGCUUUUUCACCAAAAGAAAGAAAUUCAUCAUCUUUCAGACCAGAAUAUAUAGAAUUCAAACCAAAAUUUCAAUUUCAGAAAUUCAUCAAGGACGGUUUUGAUCCUUUUCUAAGGAAUAUAGACCAAAAAAUGUCAGUCAGAAUAAAGACAGACCAAGAUAUAUACAAAUACAGAAACAUUUUAAGUACAGAGGUUAUAGAACAUGAAGACCAAGAUCCUCCUUAUCCAUCACGAUCAAAGAUUGCAGGACCUACUACUGGUAAAACCUGGAGCUAUGACCCUAAUAGCUUCACAGGAAAGACGUUUUCGGACACUAAAAAUAAUUUCGCUCAUGAUCCCACUGUCAACACUGAAAAGGCUUUAGAAACUAAGACCGAGUUAGCCCAGGAUCCUACUAUCAACACAGUAAAAGCUUUGGACAUGAAGAAUAAAUUAACUUAUGAUCCUGCUAACAACACAACAAAGAUUUUAGGUUCUAAGAAUAAAGUUAAAGAAAAUCUACCAAAUAUAGGUUUGCCAUGUUUCAAAGGAGAAUCAUCAGUGACCGGAAAUGGAUAUACAUGUCGUCUGUCAAAGUCAUUAAGUCUCACCUCCCAUAUAGAAAAUCUAAAACAAUCAAUGCUACUCAAGUCAAUUUUAAGUAAAAAUCUGCAAGACCUCUCAGACAAAUUAUUUUCUAAACCAGAACUUGGUAUGAACACUGAAGCAAGAAAGAAAAGUAAUUCUCCACUUCUAAGCAUUCAUGAUAAACCAUCAAAUAGUAGGGAAGACAGGGCUUUGGACAGAACUCAAGAUUUAAACAGCCAGAUUUCAGAAAAGGACAUUUUAAAUUCAAAGAUUCUUUUAAGUCAAUUAAUUAAAAAUAUUCCUGCAGGUUCACUUUCAGAAGGUGGACCAGAAAAAUCUCUAGAAGAACGUGUCUCUGAAAAACACUCAGAGGCUGGUAUGAUAGAUUUUGCAGUGAAAAAAAAGAGUAGUUUCAAAAAGAAACAUUUAAUAAGUGAAACUCCUAGCCCCAAAUCAGGUUUAAGUGGCAAUGUACAUGACUCUUUUAUAAACCAAAUAUUCACUGCACCAAGCUUCUUAACAUUGGAGACAAGUCAGUUAUCCACACCUCUGGGGAGAAGUUCAUCUUCACAUACUCCAAUUUACAAUGAAACUACUGAUGAUGAUAUAGACUUGCCACAUGCCCAAUCUAUUAUAAGUCAGAUAAUACAAGCAUUUCCUGUAAAUACUCUUUUAGAAUCUGGGAUCAUCAAAGUGAUAGAAUUAGAUGAAGAACAACGGAAGAGUACUUCGCUGAGUACAGAGAUAGCCAUUCCAGAAGAAAAGCUGAAGAAUUUUACAAAAGAUUAUCCAGAAAUCAAAAGCAAAACAGAACUUCUUUCAGAGCAGACUAUAUCCAUCAUUUCCAAAGAUACCCCUUCUUCUGUUAAUAUAGUUGAACUUCCAGAGGAGAGCCAAAACAUAACUCCAAGGGAUUCAAGACAUCAUUCAAUAUCAGAAAAAGAAACAAGUUUGCCAAGUCGUAGUCAGUGGCUUGAUAGAGAAGAAAAUGAUCUAAGUUCUACUUUAGGAAAUUUAGCUAACUCAUUAAUGGGUAGUAAACUGUCAGAUGAAACGAAGUUAAAAUCCUUUUUGAAAAAUGUCAUUAAUAGUUUUUUCGAAUAUAAUCAGUCUGAAAGAAUAAAACAACCCGAAAAAGAAUUAGAAAGACUAAUUGAACAAUCUUUUCCAGAUGAUGCAGAAAUCCAAGAGAAUAGUGAUGAAACAGACAAACUAGACAGAACAUCUAUUUUGGGUUCAAAGCUGCGCGGGUUUCUAGAAGAACUCUCAGAGUCAGAAGUGAAAAAUUUUAAAUCCGAGUUAAGUAAACAAAUUCAACAUUACCUUGUAGAAAGACUUUCAGAAUCAGGACAUAUUACUAGGGAAGACUUACCAAAAAUCUAUCAAAAUUUGUAUGUAAUGAAUGAGAAAGCAGAACCAAAAGGACAAAACAUUUUUCAGGAGAAAUAUUCAGAAACUAUAAAAGAAAUCAUGUCUUUUGGAAGCAAUUUUAAUCAUAAUUUCAUAGAUAAACAUUUAGAAAUAAAGCUAAGAUCUUUUUUAAAUGAAAUUCUCCAAAGCUAUUUUCUAAGAAACCUUUCAGAAAGCAAUUUAUUUAAUGAGAAAGAAUCUGAGACUAUACAUUCAAGCAUAUCUUCUCUAAAAUCUAAAAGUUCCUCAGUGUCUUUUCAUGAGUUAGGACAAGAUAAUUCAAAGGGGGGGUUUGGUAGAAGGCUUGAAAUAAACAUGAAAUAUCCUUUAAGUAAAUCUCUACAAAACUAUCUGUUAGCUUUAUCAGAAAAUGAAUUGUUAAAUGUGAAAGAUGAGUUGAGUAAACACCUCCAGAGCCUUUUUAUAGAAAAACUUACAAAAUCAGGACUAAUGACAGAAAGGCACUUAAAGGGGGUUGAUCAGCAUAUAAAUUUGCUUAAUUCCAAUUAUACACCAUUAAAAUAUGUAAAGAUAGAUUCACCUUUUAAAGAUGAAAAUCACUCUAUAGAGGACCAUUCAGCAAGCCAAAAUAAAUAUCCAAAAAUUGAUCAAGAAACUGCCUUACAAAAGGUUCCUGAGAAUAAAUUGAAAGAAACAGAAGUGAUCGAAGAGGAAGAAAAGGAAUAUUUUCCUUUACACAGUUUAAAAGACAAUUCAUCAAUAAUUAAGGAACAGAAAAGUUAUCAACCUAAAGAAGAAGCUAAAACAAUAAGUUAUAUAAAAAUACAAUCCAUUUCUAACAAAAAUAUCCAGGCAAUUUCGUUAACUAAAUCAUCAGAAAGACCUACAGAUACAGUGUUUAAGAAACAAAGGAAAGAACGUGGUAUCUUGCAGCUUCCUCAAGCAGAAAAUUCUAUUAGUAUAACAGAGAUUCAAGACCCACAUAAUUGGGGUAGUAAAUCAAAAACAACCCAAUCAAAAGUUAGCUUCGAAAGGACACUGAAGCCACUUGAAAAAAAGGAUCAUAGUAACAUCUAUAAAUCAACUGGUGAGGAAAAACCUGAUGCAAUGUUGUCAUAUCCAAGAAUCCCUCUUUGCAAAAUGCCAAGGGAAGACGAAGAAUCCUUAAACAGACUCACUCUCCCUUCUUGGCAGACCAAUACUUUAGUUCACUUUAAUUCAGAGGCUGGGGAGAAAUCAAAUUGUCAGAGAUUGAAAGGAUAUAACAACAAUAAUAAAAAACAUCUAGUAACAUUUGCGCCAUAUAAACAAGAAAUACAAACUCAUUACAUAAAAUCAAAUGACAUUUUCAAUGAAAAAUAUGCCAAAUUCUCUGAAUCACAAUUGUUCAAAUAUAAAGCUAUAGAAGAUAAGAAAAACUCCAAAUCAUUCCUCUUCCCAGAAGUAUCGAAGAGAGAAAAUUCAAAACCCAAGGUCCAAAAAGAAAGAGUCCAUGUUGCCAAAUCAAAAAAGUCAUUUAACAAGAUAGCAAAGAUCCUACCAAGCACACUGCCUGCGACGAAAAGUCAUCUAAAGAAAUCUGUUUCAAGGACAUUGCCUCACUGGACUGCAAGAAAAACUAUACAUGACUGUUCGGAUAAAUUCGAGGAUUUAAAUAUGACCCCAUUUGAUCAUCUUACAAAAGUAAAAUCAAGAACAAAGCUUUUAGGAAAGAGCCCAGAUGAUAACCAUAAUCGUACAAAACGUUCUACAAGACCAUAUACUGCACCAGAGAUUAACAAAAGACGAGAAAACUACCCCAGAAAAGUUUCAAGUCCUCGAAUGGUUUCGGCAGGCUUAGUUCAUAUAAAUGACGUAACUACAGACUAUGAAAUGCGUAAAAUGCGGAAAAAAAAAAUUAAAAGAGGAUAUUGA